GCUGCCUUGAGAAGAAGAGCUUUAGUACUACAGCGACGGCGGCAAUGGCGCGGAAGAACAGUGGAAUAGUGAUUAAGGAGGAAAGGUUUCAAGAGACAGCUAGUGAUGAAGCGCCAUUAAUCAAUUCCUCCUCGUCCUCAAACUAUCAUCGGUUGCCCGCGGGAUUGAUGAUGAAUUCUGUCCAAUUCACUCGCCGGGACGUGGAGGCAAUUCCUACUACCACUACUGGUUUCUGUAGUAGAUCUGCAAGAUCAGAGGCGCCCUUUUAUCCCUACCGUGAAUCUUACUAUCUUAAUCAGCUGGCAACACUGGAGAUGAUGGAAGCAUAUGAUGAUGCUCAAAGAAAGGGGAACUCCUCAUCAGCCUGUGGUAUGGAGUACUAUGAGUUCUUCCCAAGCGACAAAACCACCAGUGGAGAAAUUAUCAUGGAAGGCGGCAAUUUUACCAAGCAGGAAUGUAGUGAGGAAGAGGGAGUGGAAGUGGAGGACUAUCUGAUGCUGGAACCUUCAGGUUCAGUGGGAUAUUAUGGUGGUGGUGGUGGUGGAGAAGCUUCUUGUCUCACCACUUCUGAUCACCAUCAUCAUGAGAAGUAUUACAGUUCCAGUUCUGCCUACACCUACACACUAGCAUCAAACCCUACCACCACCACUACUACUACUACUACCAGCAACUCUAUUUCCAGUUCACUGGACCUAUCCCUCAAGCUCUCAUUCUAGAGAUCCCCAAACAAACAAGACAGAUCUCUACUUCUCCUUUUUGGUGGGUCUGUGGCUCAAUGACUGUUACUUUACUGCAUGCCCUGCAAACUUAAUUACCCACCCUCAACCCUAGAACCCAUCUUCUGCAUUUGUCUCUUUGCACACUCUUGGGGUUUCCCUUUUCAUGUUAAACUGAUCUGCCUGUCAAUUUAUGCCAGCAUUUUGCUCCAGUGUUUUGGGAUACUAUACACCAUUCCUCUAGCUCUCUCUGUCUGUUAUAGUUGUGUCAUGAUGAGUCAGUUUGUGGACGGUUUCAAGAGGACCUUGCCUUAGGCCCAGCUUUUAAUUUAUGUGGUGGGGAGGAUCUGAUCUGAUCUCUCUUACAAUACUGGCUUGUGGGUCUGGCUGGGAGCUCAUCACUUAAAGCUUUCAUUAAUUGAUUUUGUCGUAUGAUGAUCCAAGUACUUUAGAUAUGGUAUCCAGUUAAUAAAUUGUG